AUGCGAGGUUUAGUUGAUCCAGAGACAUUGCUUUUUGAUCCAGAAAUCGACCGCACCUUUCAUUACCGAUUAGCACAACAAAGAAGAGCCCUUGCAUCUGCAAUGGCAGCUGAAACGAAUGCUGAAUUGGAAGCGCGACUUCGAGCGGAGUUCGCAAGGACUCAAGAGGAACAGGUGCAGGAAGCCGUGCGCCGAAUCCAGCAAGAAAGAGAGCUAGAGGAGGCCAACCGCCCCCUCAGGGAUCUGAAUGAACCUGUCAUGAGUUAUGAUUACCCAGGAAGUAUAGCCCCUCAGAAUGCCGAGGCUCAGAACUUUGAACUCAGACCUGCACUCAUCAACCUGAUCAGUCAACAUCAAUAUGGAGGAUCUGCCACUGAAGAUGCCCAUGCUCACCUAGAGCGGGACACAGCUGAGGAGUGGCUCAACUCCCAACCUCAAGGCAGCAUAACAACUUGGGAAGAUUUAGCAAAAAAAUUCACUAAAAAGCUUUUCCCUCGUACCUUGUUGAGGAAGCUGAAGAACGACAUUCUGGUUUUUAAACAGGAAGAUACUGAGAAUCUCCAUGAAGCUCUAGAGCGGUUCAAGAAACUGUUAAGGAAGUGCCCUCAGCACAACCUCACUUUGGGAGUGCAGGUGGAGAGGUUUUAUGACGGCUUGGCUGAUUCUGCAAGAUCAAACUUGGAAGCAGCAGCUAGUGGCAAAUUCGAAGCUCUUUCAGCUCAAGCAGGUUGGAACUUAAUCAAUAAAAUGGCUGAAAGUGCAGUGAACUCUACCAAUGACCGCCAAAACAGAAGGGGUGUACUGGAAAUAGAAGCGUAUGAUAGGAUGGUUGCUUCAAACAAGCAAUUAUCUCAACAAAUGACAACUAUACAACGACAGUUCCAGGCAGCCAAGAUAUCUAAUGUGGAUAGUAUCCAUUGUGGAACAUGCGGAGGUCCUCAUGCCAGUGAAGAGUGCGGAACAUAUUUUGACGAGGAAGUCAAGGUUUUGGGAAAUUCCCAAAAUAAUCCUUAUUCCAACACCUACAAUCUGGGGUGGAGGAAUCAUCCUAACUUUUCCUGGAGGGAACAGAACAACUUCAAUCAAGGAGGAAAUAAUCAGAGACAAUAUUCAAAUCAAAGGUUUCAGUCUCAGAAUUCAGGACCUCAACAGAAUCAGGAUCAAGGCAGUGGCAAUGGGAAGAAGAGCUUAGAAGAAUUGAUGGAGAAUUUCAUUAACAAAGCAGAUACUAGUUUCAAAAAUCAUGAAGCUGCUAUAAAAAAUUUGGAGACUCAGGUGGGACAGAUGGCCAAGCAAAUGUCAGAAAGACCCCCAGGUAUGUUUCCUUCAGAUACUGUCAUUAAUCCUAAAGAAAAUUGCUCUGCUAUAACUCUUAGGAGUGGUGCUACCUUGAGUGAGCCUAAACAGAAAAUUGUAGAAAACAAUAAUGUCAAUGAUGAGUUUGUAGGAGAUAUUGAACCUUUAGGAGAAAAUAAGAAAAAACAGAAAGAAAAAGAAGAGGAAAAGAGAAAAGUAGAAUUAGAAAAUAAGUUUACAAAAGUCCUUUUUCCCCCUUUCCCCACUAACAUAGCAAAGAGGAGGUUGGAGAAGCAAUUCUCCAAGUUUAUAUCUAUGUUCAAAAAGUUGCGUGUAGAGCUCCCAUUCUCUGAAGUUCUUGAAAAGAUGCCUCAAUAUGCUAAAUUCAUGAAGGAGAUACUCUCAAAGAAAAGGAGGUUGAGUGAAGAGAAUGAGAUCAUUGAGCUUACUGAGGAGUGUAGCGCUAUUCUACAAAGGAAGCUUCCACCCAAACGAAAGGAUCCAGGUAGUUUCACCCUACCCGUUAAUUUUGGGGCUUCAAAGCAAGUGAGAGCCUUAUGUGAUUUAGGGUCCAGCGUCAACUUAAUGCCCCUAUCAAUGUUUGAGCGACUUAAUGUUGGUGAACUGAAGCCGACAAUGAUGAUGCUUCAAUUAGCGGAUCGCUCCAUAGUGGCUCCAUGGGGAGUUGUUGAAGAUGUGCUAGUAAGAGUAGGAGAGUUCGAGUUCCCGGUAGACUUUGUGAUAAUUGAUAUGGAUGAGGACUCUAAAAUACCAGUGAUUCUGGGAAGACCGUUCCUAGCCACUUCACAAGCGAAGAUAAAUGUGGGGAAUGGAACGAUAUCAUUAAGGGUAGCUGAUGAGAAGAUCACCUUCACCAUAUUUGACCUGAAGCCAAAACCAGUUGAGAAGAAUGAUGUAUUCUUGGUGGAGAUGAUGGACGAGUGGAGUGAUGAGAAGCUGAAGUAG